AAGAACAUUUCGCGGGACCACAACGCGCCCCGUGACGUCAUCACACACCGGCACCCUGCGCGCGGGCGGCAGCGGGACCGGAGCGAGGAUCCGCCUCCCCGUGCAAGACAACGCGGCGUCUCCAGCCCCGACAUGCGGGACAUGUGAGAGGAGCUCCGGCGGAAGGUGGUGAACUCGUCCCCCUCCCGGGUGAGCCCUGCGCGGCUGUAUUUUGAACGUUUCUUCCGGCUGCGUGUCGCCUCCCGCACCGCAGACUGCCUUUGGCCUCUGGACCGCUGCGUGGAAACGGACACACACACGCACACGGACACACACACACACACACACCUUGUUCUUCUUCAAUGCUUUGCGGUGCAGGGCUUACUUGAAAGUCUGCGCGUUGUCGUUAGUCCCCAUUGUGCUGCAGUGACUGACAACCUCAACUCUCCAGCUGGAAGCCCACGCGAUCACUGCUUCGGAUGGAUGGGAAUCAGUGACCACUACAUGUGAAACGACAACAACAACAACAACCCUCGGGGCAUCGCCUUCCUCAGACCUUUGCCUGUUUUUGUUCUUCUUGCUCUCGAUGCUCUGAAGUUGAUGCGAUGGGCCGGUCCUUGUCUCCCUCCGGAUGCUGCGCCUGUGGAGAGACAGGCUGACGAGUCCACAUCCAUCUCGGAGCGAGUUGAUGAACUCGCCCGUCGGGAUCAGACAUCCAUUAAGCUGCGUCUCUCAGAAAGGAUCGUCUCCCGAGAGCGGCCGAGCCUGGAAGACACCCCUCUCUGGGAGUGUGUCGACUGUUACACAGAACUUGGAGCUGAGCUGAAAACACUUUCACGCAGUCGAGGUUUAAAGAGCAGACGGUUACGUUAUGACGGGUAUUUGAGCUGUUCUUUCUUUUCUAAACAUUUAUUUUCCUCAUGUGGAUAUCCCCCCCAAGAAAUCAGCAAAUGUGGUCUAACUCCUAAAGAAAAGCCCACCCCACCCCAAGGGCUUCAAAUAUGACGACCAGUCCAGCGGGACAGAUGCUGCUGCAACUUCCACCGCAGCUGUUCGACCGCCCGGCGUCUGAAAGACGAGACGUGGAUGUGAGCAGACUUGUCGUCCGGCCAACACCCUUCCCGGCAAAUGCGAUGCAUUGAUUUCUGCCAGUGGCCACGUCGUAAAUAACUCUGUGGAUAUAUUUCAUGUGACUUUUAUUCCUGCACUUCAUGGACUGUGAUGCUCUCGCGCCGUCCUCUUCCAGAGGGGCAACGGAGGGCCGAGAUCCUGAGAGACCAUGAGCACAUUGUUGUUGUUGUGUAUUUUAUUCAGUCAAUCAAAUCAAAUACAAGACAAUAUUAUUCUGUAUAAUAUACAAAACAGAAAGACUGAAAAGGUAUAGGUAGAAGCAACAAAUGCUUAUAUAUUCCUAUCCUAAAUUAAUAUCAAAUAAAUCAGAAAAUUAAUAUAAAAUAGGAAAAAAUAAAGACAAUUAAAAAACAAUAUAUAUAUAUAUAUGCAUACACACAGACAUACUUCCACAUACAUCUUCCAUAUAAAUACGUUUCAAUCACAUUUAUAACCCUAAAGAUUUGUUUUAUAAAUACACACAUUCACUCCUGGACCACACCGGCUCCGCUUUUGCUGAUCGGUUUGAUUUUUGGAAGCAUGCGCAGAGGAAAGCUGAACCCGGCGUGAGGCUGCAGACCGGGGGGUCGUGAGCGGCGGUGUGGAGGACGGCGUGCAGAAUGCUACAAGCUUAACGUCGACAAGAGGGAGAAUUACGAGACUUUGCUGUGAGCAAAUUGUGUUUCCUCCUCUCUGAGACCGACUGCUGAACGGGAAUUGGCGCCCCACGCAUCAAAUUACCAUUUCAAGUGAGAACUUCUCCCCCGUACACUGUGGGAUAUCCGCCUCGCGCACUCGGCCACCUGCAGGCUACGCUCGUUCUCUUGGAGUGCCCUCAUCUCGGAUUCCCUGUUGCUGUGUUUUUUCCAUUUGUUCGAACUCUCGCAGGAGGAAACUCUUCUAUUUGGAGGAGAACAUUGGCGACUGAGAGUCGACACCGAAUACAAACACCCGAUCGCGGUCGUGGAUCGGACGACCCCUUCGGUCUCGGCGUGUCCGCCUCCCUCCGGAUGCCGGCGUGGAUCCCUCGUCAUUCGAGACGGACGGAUCGGCCCGAUCGGAGCGCAUUCGGAGACCGGCUUCCUAUCGCCGCGGCGAUGGGGAGCUCCGCCACGUCCCUCACCGCCGAGACGGAGUCGGACCACGGCUUCCGCGGCGCCCCGUACCCGCCGUCGCCCCCUGUGGGCUGGCUCAGGAACAGCCACAGCAGCCCGGUGUGGGGCGCCACCUUCAUCACCCGGCAGCAGCAGCCGCCGCCUCGGCGAGAGCGCAGCCACUCUCACUCCCCCGGCUCCAUGGCAACGACGGUACGAGGCGGCGAGUGGUCGUGCGGACGCUGCACCUUCCUGAACGGCGGCGCGGCGCCUCGCUGCUCCAUCUGCGAGGCGCCGCGCCAGAAACCCGACCUCAACCAGAUCCUCUGGCUGAGCAGCGGCGAGGAGCGGCGCUGGGCCUGCCCCCGCUGCACGGUCAACAACCCUCAGGGGUCCGGAGCCUGCUCCGUCUGCGGCUUCGGACCGACCGCCGUCACGCACACGCCCCCCACGACCACCACGGCCGCCACGGGCGCCACGGCCAACGGCCUCCCGCCCGCCCCGGCCGAACCCCCGCCGCCCGCCUCCGCCGCCGCCGCCCCGCCCGUGCUGCUCGAGCCCCACGGGCAGCAGCACCCGGCCAAGGAGGAGGCGCCGCGGCGGUCCGAGAGCAACGGCGAGCUGCACGGCCCGGAGGCGCGGCGCUCGGGGGGCUGGGCGUGCCCGCGCUGCACGCUCCACAACACCCCGGUGGCGCUGUCGUGCUCGGCCUGCGGCGGGCCCAGGAAGCUGUCUCUGCCCAAAAUCCCCCCCGAGUCGCUGGUGGUACCCGAGGUGCGCACGCCCGUGCUGGGGUUCCCCGUCCACGCCGCCGGGGGCGCCGCCCCGCUGCUCAUCGACCUCACGGACGACUCCCCUCCCGCCCUCCCCUGCGACCCUCAGGAGCCUCCCCACGUCCCCCCGCAGUCCCUUUGCUCGCCUUUCACCUCCUUCUCCUCCCUCCAGAACAACCCGGUGCCUCGCAGCCGGAGAGAGGUGCCCCCUCCCGGGCGCCCGCCGAACCCGGGCGCCAACACCCCGAGCCCCACGUCCCCGUCGGCGGCCGGCGCGCCCCCCCAGCCGGGCCCCCAGCGGCCGGCCAAGCCCAAACACGCCCAACCCCAGGAGCCUGCGUACCCCUGCAAGCGCCUCAGCAUCCUGGAGGAAGAAGACCCCCAGCACCACCCUCUGAGCCCCCACCUGCCUGUCGCCUCGCCGGAUGCCCACACCUGGGCGUGCCCCGGCUGCUCGUCGGCCGACCCGGGGGGCUCGUCCAAGUGCGACGCCUGCCGCUCGUCGCGGGCCGGCGCCGACCUCAUCGACCUGGUGGGCUGCGAGACGGUCCGGUUCACGCCGGCCGGCCCCUCCAGCCCGGACUUCAGCACCUGGGCCUGCUCCAAGUGCACGCUGCGCAACCCCACGGGCGCCGCCAAGUGCUCGGCCUGCGGCUCUUCCAAGCUGCACGGCUUCCAGGAGCAGCAGGCGGCGCCGGCCCGCUGCUGCUCUCACUGCGGCGCGGCGCCGUGCUCCUGCGCACCCUCCUCUUCCUCCUCCUCGGGUCACAAACCGAGGAAACAGGCCCUGGGCUACCCGUCCUCCUCCUCUGCUAUCGCCUCAUCGAGUUCCUCUUCGUCCUGCGUCGCGUCCGGCCUUCAGGAGAAGGCGGGGCCGUGGAGCUGCCCGGCGUGCACGCUGCUCAACGACAUCAAGGCCAAGAACUGCGCGGCGUGCCACACGGCGCAGCAGUACCUCGCCCUCCGCAAGGUGGCGAAGCCUCUCAAGAGGCGGGAGAGCAUGCACGUCGAGGCCCGGCGCCGCAACGACGAGGGCGAGGCCAAGGAGCUUCUGGAGAACAUCGUCACCUUCUGCAGAGAGAACACCGUGAACUUCGUGGACGACAGUUUCCCGCCGGGCCCUCGGUCCGUGGGCUUCCCCGAGGGCGACGGCGUCCAGCAGCGGAUCAAGAAGUGGCUCCGCCCACACGAGAUCAACUGCAGCAACUUCAAGGACCGAGGAGUCAAGUGGUCCGUCUUCCGCACGCCGCGGCCCUCCGACAUCCUGCAGGGCCUCCUCGGGAACUGCUGGUUCCUGAGUGCGCUGGCGGUGCUGGCGGAGCGUCCGGAGCUGGUGGAGCGGGUCAUGAUCACCAGGACGAUCUGCACGGAGGGCGCCUACCAGGUCCGCUUGUGUAAAGACGGGACGUGGACGACGGUGCUGGUGGACGACAUGCUGCCCUGCGACGACUACGGCUACCUCCUCUUCUCCCAGGCCCAGAGGAAGCAGCUCUGGGUGGCGCUGAUCGAGAAGGCCCUGGCCAAGCUCCACGGCUCCUACUUUGCCCUGCAGGCGGGGCGCGCCAUCGAGGGCCUGGCCACGCUGACGGGGGCGCCCUGUGACUCCCUGAUGCUCCAGGUGAGCUCCACCAACCCCCGGGAGGAGCCCAUCGACACGGACCUCAUCUGGGCCAAGAUGCUCAGCUCCAAGGAGGCCGGGUUCCUGAUGGGCGCGUCGUGCGGAGGAGGCAACAUGAAGGUCGACGACGUCGUCUACGAGUCUCUGGGUCUGCGGCCCCGACAUGCCUAUUCCAUCCUGGACGUACGAGAUGUCCAGGGUUACAGGUUGCUGCGGCUGCGUAACCCGUGGGGUCGCUUCUCCUGGAACGGCAGCUGGUCGGACGAGUGGACGGACUGGCCGCAGCACCUGCGCCACGAGCUGAUGGCCCACGGCAGCAGCGAGGGCGUCUUCUGGAUGGAGUACAGCGACUUCAUCAAGUACUUUGACUCGGUGGACAUCUGUAAGAUCCACUCCGACUGGCAGGAGGUGCGGCUGCAGGGCUGCUUCCCCAGCAAGGCCAGCGGGCCGGUCACCGUCACGGCGCUCACCGUGCUGGAGCGGACGGCGCUGGAGUUCGCGCUCUUCCAGGAGGGAAGCCGGCGCUCCGACACGGCCGACAGCCACCUCCUGGACCUGUGCAUCAUGGUGUUCCGCGCCUCCUUCGGCAGCGGCAGCAAGCUGACCCUGGGCCGCCUGCUGGCCCACAGCAAGCGGGCCGUGAAGAAGUUUGUCGGCUGCGACGUGAUGCUGGAGCCGGGGGAGUACGCCGUGGUCUGCUGCGCCUUCAACCACUGGCAGAUGAACGCCAGUGGCGCGGGGGAGGGGCCGCCCACGCCCGUCUCCAGUCCCACCGGCGGGGCGGCGCGGCGGCCCAGCCAGGACUUCCCCGGCUACGUCCUCGCCAUCUACAGCUCCCGACAGGUGAUGGUGGAGCAGGUGGAGGCCACGGCCACCACGCUGGCCGACGCCAUCAUCCUGCUCACGGAAAACAAAGGCGAGAGACACGAGGGCCGCGAGGGCAUGACCUGCUACUACCUGACCCACGGCUGGGCGGGGCUCAUCGUGGUGGUGGAGAACCGCCACCCCAAGUACUACCUCCACGUCUCCUGCGACUGCACCGACAGCUUCAACGUGGUGUCCACGCGCGGCAGCCUCAAGACGAUAGACAGUGUGCCGCCUUUGCACAGGCAGGUGCUGGUGGUGCUCUCACAGCUGGAAGGAAACGCCGGCUUCUCCAUCACCCACCGCCUGGCUCACCGCAAGGCAGCCCAGGCCUCCCUGGGAGACUGGACCCCCACCAAGGCCACGCACAGCCCCCUGCUCACGCCGGACAUCGACGGCCUGCACCGGCCGCGGCCGCUAUGACCACCGCCCUCGAUCUCACACACGCGCACACGCUGACUAUUAUCCAAGGAACUGUCAGACCACUGGAAAAAGCAGGCGAGGAACGGGGCGAGUGCGUGCAGCCCUGAAGCGUGGAGGACACACACACACACACUCACACACACACCUGAAUGUAAAGCGUGGGCAUGCAGCGGUGAUCUGCUGCCCUCCAGGUUCUCGAUACAUGCUUUCACCCGUCGACACGCGCGUGCUCCACCCCUUGCCAAACGGAUGUGCCACGUCGGGGUGAGAGGAGGGAACGGGCCCUCAUGGGGUGACCCGUGCUGACCCCCAAAACGAUGUUUCACCCAGGCACCGAAGAGGGUCCGGCUCCGGGGGAAGUCCUCCCUGAGCUCCGCGUGCCCGGAGACGACCGCGCUUCAGGGCGCAGCGCCGCAACUACUGAGCCACACACUUUGAGCCAAUCACGCGCAGCGCUCAGACACCGAGCGGGAGGCUUCGGGGGAGUUUACCUCGCCUCGCCCUCGGGACGGUACUCAAUGAGCCAAAACCCACAUCCUCGUUUUACUCAUGUCGUUGUUGUUGUUGUUUUUACUCGAGACGGUAAACGUCGGUCUUGCUCGUUUUGUACACCUUUUGUUUUUCUUUCUGAGGCCGCAGAAAAGCCAUCGCUCACGCAGCGCCGUCCCUCCUCUCCGCCCUCGCCUCAGGGCCGAACCCGGGGGUCGCGGUGGGAGUUGGAGUCGAGCAAGAAGCUCACGCCGACGUGGCGUACGGGUCCCAGACAGCUGGAACAUCAUCUUUCUGUCUUUCGCCGGAGACGGGCUUUGACUUGAGGAACGCCGACGCCUCACAGAACCUCCGUCCUCGCGGUUCAACGGACGAACGGAACAUUUGCCCUUUUUGCCCUUUCAGAGAAAACAACCGCCGUCGCUCCUCUGCUGCUGCCGCUCCAACACUUUAAUUCGUCUUCACUCAGUCUGGGGUCAUUACGUGACCCGCCUGGCGGUCCGCCCCUCGGGAACGCCGGCGCUCCUCAUCCGGACGUCAACUGUCCCUCUCCUCUCUCGCCGUCGCGCAGACUGAACCGACGCUGCUUUUUUGGACUCUCGGGAAAGAAAAGGUUGUGUCGGCUCUGUCGUGGUACCGAAGGUCAGAGAGUGUGUUUGUCUUUUCUUUUUUUCCAGUGUUUUGAUUUCCACGCUCCGGGGUUUGAACAGUCGCUCUGGAGACGAGCUGCCCAGUUUACUUCGGGGGGGGCGGGGGACCGUCGUUGUUUGUUUGGGUGCAGAGCAAACAUCUUUUUUUUUUCCUCAUUCCAAUCUCUCCAGUGUCAAAAGCCAUUACUCCUACUUCACUCAGGGUCUCUCAGCCGUCGCCAUGGCAACAUAAACGUGUUAUCGCGGUGCUGGAGAGAGAGGGCGGCGUGGGAGACGUCAAGUCAAAGUCGACGUCUCGCGUUGUGAAAUCGAGGGGGGAGAAACCUGAAAGCCGAUAAGCGAAAUCACCGGCGCGCUCACGCACGGAUUGAUCGUGCGGUUGCCGUUCAUUAUUUUUCCCCGUGUCGAGUUCAGUUUGAGUUUGAAACAUUAAAGUUCCCACACGAGAGGAUUCGGUCGAGGGCGUGAGCUCAGCCGCCUCGAGUCGAGAAAGUGCCGCCGCGUCGCAGCCGGCAGCGUCGCGAGGCGGCGCCGCGUCUCCAGGACGAGAUGGACUACCCGGGUCGUGUCACGUGUCCUGAAACCCGGCGCCGGGGGAGCCGUAGGUGUGUUUUCCAAAGAAACGCGGCGUGCCGCGAUGUCUGUCCGCCCGUGUGAGCUGAGCGCGAUCACAGGAGAGCAGCUGUGACCUUUUAAUUUAUUCGUGAAAGUGAUUUUCAGGCCCGUUUGUCAGAUGAAUAUUUGACGGAGGACAGGUGGAGGAAUGUGAUCCUGCUUCGGCUUUGAGUUUGAGCCCAGAGGGAUAAUUACAAGAAAUGAACCUGCACUGAAUCCCCUCUAAUCCAACGUCACCGCUGGAUCACUUUACAACUACAUCACAUUGUUGUUGUUGUUUUUGCUUGUUUUUUUUCUAUACCGUGUCGUUUUGGCUCUUGCUGGUGUCCUUCAACCUCCUCCUCUUCUGUGAAGUUGUGGCGGUGACCUUUCUGUGCGUGGGCGGCGCCCCCUGCUGCUGGAAGGAGAGGCCUGUCCUCUCUCCUUCCUCCGGUUCCCUCCUUUAAAUUGUACAGAGCGCAAAGUAAAGAAAAGAUGGAACAAAGGGGGAAACGACCGACUGACCCUUUUUAGAGAUGUAAAAAAAACACACAAAAAACUUGAAAGUAUGAUAGAAACAAAACGAUGAAACGUAAUGCUGAAAACAAUUUAAAUUCUGAUGAAUGUGAGAUAUAUUUUAUUGAUCUUUUCUGGGAUGGGAAUACGAGUAUAUGUGUACAGACAUAUGUAUGUUUAAUUUUCAAUCUCAGGUUCCGAUGGACCAAAUAAAUUUUUUAAAUUAAGAUUUGAGAACUUGUUUGUUUUUCCACACGCACAUUUACAUUUACUGCUUUUACGGGUUGUGACUGAGGAAAGACCUGAAGGAAUCAAACUGUGUCUCGAUGUGUCUGCUCCGGAUUUCAGUUUUUCUAUGAAUACUUAUAGUCGCGGCUCUGGAGCUGAAAAUGCUGAAGUGGGAAAACAGUCUGAUGAAUGAUAAUCUGUAUAAAACACUUUCACUGA